CAUUUUUAGCAACGUUAUGACACUCUUGGCCUUUAUUAAUGUUCUCGUAAAAAAUGGAGAAAUACAUUUUUGAGAUACUUUAAGCAAUUACACUUUUGAGGGUACAGUCCUAAAUCUGUUUAUAUUUGUGGUGCAACACAUAUUUACAUAAAUGCUGCCUUUUUCCGACAUUUGUUCAGGGCCAGCUAUGGCUACGUCUUCAAAUACCCCCUCCCACAAGAUGACGGUCUGUGGAUGUUUCUUCAGAGCCGAGGGAUUCCUGAGGAAAAUAUUCAGAAAAUGCAGCAAGAUCAUAUUGACAGCUCGGUAAUUGGAGAAAUAGAUGAUGCCACUAUGACUGCUUACAUUCCAGCAUAUGGUGAUAGGAUUGCUACAAGGCGUUUCUGUAUGGAAAAACAGAGAAAAGGUGGUGAUGAUCUAAAAAGACUGUCCUUAUUUGAAAAACUUAGAAGAAAGAUGGGCACAUUGACAAGCAAUAAAGACACAGAUCAAGAUUUUGAGGAGGAGCAUUCUAUGCAGCCAACAAAGAUACAUCUGAGAAAUAACAAAAGGGCUGUGAAGAUGACAAGGAAAAUAGAACUAGGAUGGAUACACGACAAGAAACAAGUGAGAAAACGCAAUGGUGGAGGAACCAGAGUUCUUGAUAUUUCCAAGAAAGCCACAAAAACAGAGAUUCUAUCACAAGCUAAAAAGCUAUUUUUCCCCAAUGAGAAAUCGAGAAAGGGAAAGUGGGAAGAGUUCAGUCACAACAUUGUGGACUUUCAGGAAGCAUACCUUGAUGAGGAUGUUAGUGUGGGAGAGCUCUAUGAGACACAUAAAUUGGGGAUUUUAAGAUUUUACGUUGUACAGAGCAACCUGACAAAUGGAGAUGAAGUGUUCCCAGAGAUGACAGAAGGAACUGAUGAACAGACAGAUGCAGCGAGGCUAAAUGAGCGACAGAAAAACGCAACAGAAGAUAAUGAGCAGGUCAUUUUUGGCCCUUUGCAAGGUGGACCAUUUUCAGAAGAUCUUGAUGACACAAUCUUACAUGAGCCUAUAGAAGAGGCACAGAUAACCUUCAAUGCCUACAGCUCAACUCCUGUCCAUUCUGACACAGUGCCUGCUGGCCCAUUAAGUCCUACUUAUGAACUUUUUCAUGUGACAGUGAAACUCCACAGAGUCAGUCUCUUGGAGGAACUGAUACCCAAUUUCAAGGAUGAAGCGAUGAUGUCCUACUCUGUGAAAUACAGCUUCAUUCAUGAAAUGGGGGCAGAUGCUGAUGGCGUGUCCAGGGAUGUAUAUGCUGCCUUCUGUACAGAGUUUUUAGACUGUGCAGCAGAGGGUGCAGAUAUAUCAAUGCGGAAGUGUAAAGUGUACAUGAAGCAUGUGACACGAUGUGACGUUGUCUUGUUAUGGGACUCUAAGAUUGACAAGGCGAAGGACGAAUCAGAGUCUGUGUGA